CUAGCCAUCUUGUCUUGCGCUGUAUAUCUUACUGCUUAUGUCUUCCGCCAACGCAGACGAGACGCAACCUCUGCUCAGCGUAGGGAGUUCACAGAAUGCCUUCGCAGAUCUACCGUCUUCGAACAGCUCCGUGACGCUGCUUACACAACCGGAAGCCGGCCCGCCGUUGUCUGUAAACAGGGAAGGGCUCGUACCGCUUCUCAAGUCAUUGUUGGUCGACUCUGUACCUGUGACAUUAUCAUACGUCCUGCAGAAUUCUAUUCAGACUGUGUCGGUCUUGAUCGUGGGACGUCUGGGGCCUCAUGAGCUUUCCGUGGCAGCGUUCUCAUUCAUGUUGGCCACGAUAGGAUGGUGCGUCGCCCUAGGAGGUACCACAGCUCUUGACACCCUUGGCUCGCAAGCGUUCGCCGGAGGAGACCCGAAGUCCCUGUCUGUUCAUUUCCAGCGCUGCUUGGUUCUUCUAUGGCUUCUGUUCAUCCCCGUCGGCUUUUUGUGGGCCAAUCUAGAACCAGUCCUGUUACUACUUGGUCAACAGCCUGACCUGAGUCGCGACGUGCAGCGAUUCAUGACCGUGUUAAUACUUGGGGCACCAGGAUACAUCGGCUUCGAGAGCCUUAAGAAGUAUCUUCAAUGUCAAGGAAUUAUGCGCGCCUCGACCGUCGUCCUCAUCCUGGUUUCCCCUGUAAACCUCGGGCUCAAUGUCUUCUUCGUCCACUAUACGUCCCUUGGCUUUCUGGGUUCACCGGUUGCUAUAUCCGCGACAUUCACUCUUUGCUUCCUCAUCCUAGGAACUUUCACAUACUUCUCGCCCGCUCAUCGUGCGAACGAAGCUUGGAUCACUGCAAAUGUCGCUACUGUGUUCGAUCUGAGGAGUUGCGUGCAGUGCCUUAGUUUGGCAAUACCUGGAAUCUUGAUGGUUGGGACCGAGUGGGCUGCUUUUGAGAUAGUCGCACUCGCUGCAGGCCAUUUAGGCGCCCUACCCCUCGCUGCACAGUCAGUCAUAAUGACCGCCGAUCAAGUCUUGAACAACAUACCCUUCGGAAUUGGUGUCGCUGCUUCUACGCGUGUUGGUCGUCUGAUCGGCGGUCAACACGCGCAAGGGGCCAAGCGAGCCAGUCAUGCAUCCGCAUUGUUGAGCGCGAUCGUAGGAGUCGUCAUUAUGACGACCUUGCUGGCCUGCAAAAACGUUUUCGGCUAUGCAAUCAGUGAAGACAGGAACGUGGUUCAGCUAGUGAGCAAGAUCAUGCCGCUGGUUGCCUCGUUUCAGAUAUGCGAUUGUCUCGCUGGUUCAUGUGGUGGUGUUUUACGUGGACUGGGACGUCAACACCUGGGCGCGAUAUUCAAUCUCGUCGCAUACUAUGUCCUUGCGCUACCGAUGGGAAUCGCGCUCGCCUUCCUUCCCCAAACGCAACUCGGGCUCCAGGGUCUGUGGAUAGGACAAGUCGUCGCCCUCACCAUUAUUGCUCUGGGCGAAUAUGCUGUCGUCUGGCUCGCCAUAGACUGGGAAAGAGAGGUCCAACUUAGCAUCGAACGUAAUGAAGCGGAAGCAAAACGGCUGCACCUGCACGAACACGCAGAUCAAUUCAACUAGACCGGGUGCAAUCGAGGGUGCAGUUGAGCUAGUCGGACAUCAAUCGUGUGUUAUCCCAGAGACCCCACCUCCGACUCCGUCAUGUCGCUUGGUCGAGCCAAUCGGCGUACAAGCGACGGGCGCUGCUAGUUUCAACAGACGACUUUAACAGAAUAGUAUGUACGUAUACAGUAGACUCGUGCACGGAUGGAGCGAUGCAGUGAUAAAUGCCCAAGCGCCAUAUGCAGAUGCGAUAGCCGGCGGAUGGGCAGCACCUGCCUUGCACGGCACAUUGCAGGACUCUCUACGAGUUAGGAAUUCCCGCUGGCAUAGCUCGGAGACUGGAGCUCGUGCCUUUCAUUUUCGUGCGCUUCUGUGUCCUGUGCCCCAUAUCGUAAGUGUCCCUGAACUUGUCAUGCACGCGAGCUGCCAUGCUGCUGUGGCUUCCAAGUAGUACGGAUCCCCCCAUCCUUCUUUCCG